UGGAGUUGUUCACAGUCUGCUAGAAAGAAAGAAACACUGAACGGGUUGCUAGGUUCUUAAUUUCUUCGCGAAAGGCUGAAAAGAUGACUCGCGUGUAUGUUGGUAACCUGGAUUCACGAGUUACCGAGAGAGAUCUUGAAGAUGAGUUCCAUGUUUUCGGAGUUAUACGGAGCGUAUGGGUUGCAAGGAGACCUCCUGGUUAUGCUUUUAUUGACUUUGAUGAUCGCAGAGAUGCACAAGAUGCCAUUCGUGAAUUAGAUGGUAAGAAUGGUUGGAGGGUAGAGCUUUCUCACAACUCUAGAGGAGGAGGAGGAGGAGGAGGAGGAGGUGGUGGUCGUGGUCGGUCUGGUGGUGGUUCUGAUUUGAAAUGUUAUGAGUGUGGUGAACCUGGUCAUUUUGCUCGAGAGUGUCGCUUGCGUGGUGGUUCUGGAAGACGUCGGAGCCGCAGUCCACCUCGAUACCGCAGGAGCCCCAGUUACGGGCGAAGGAGUUACAGUCCGCGUAGGCGGUCCCCUAAGCGCCGCAGUUUGUCACCUCGUGGACGCAGCUAUAGCAGGUCACCUCCUUACAGGGGGCGUGAGGAGUUAACAUAUGCAAAUGGAAACGGCAUAAGAGAUUGACAGUGAAGCAGAAAUUGAUUUGCAAGAGUUGGUAGCUGUGAUUAUUAAGAGGGAUAAUGAAAUUUUGUUAAUCUAGUGUGCAUCAACUGCAGUACGCAUCUGUUUUAUUGGACAAUGCCCUGAGCUUCUACUCUAGGAUUGCUUUAGUUACUUGAUUUCAUGGCUUGUGUUCGAUUAUCUAUGCAGAAUUCUUGUAGUUUCGUGACAGGUAAUAGUCUUUUUAAGGUAGUUACUAUUAGUUUGCCAAAAGAGUUCCAAAUCUUGCUAAAAUAUAUCCUUUUCUUCUGUGUUGAGGUGUCUUCUGGUACUGCUUCCUUGGUUUUAUGCUUCUGCAUUUGCUGGGUUAUCUUCCCUGGCUGCCCUUAUUUUUGAAUGGUUGUUAGUUCCAGCCGGCUACACGCUUCUGUUUCAUUGAGUCUCGCCCCUUGUGAUGUGCACACCUCAAACUCUAAUGGCAUAUAUUUUUAUUAACUUAAAAGGGGUUGACUGCAUCAAAUACUUCUGGCAGGUAACUUAUAUCUGUUCUACAGAAGUUGGGCUUAUGGGUUUUUCCUAUGCAUGUGAAGUAAAAAUAUAGAUCAUCGUAAUGAAAAGUUAAAGUGAUUUUAAUGGGUAAGUAAAAGCUGAUGCUUUUUUUUUUUUAACAGCCAUAUGACCCUCUCCCCUUCUUACAUCAAUUAAAAAAAUAUAAAGAAAUCGUCGUCUCAUGUCUAUUCAACACAUAUUUCCUAAUACUAGAUCAUGAAUUUUAUAUUUUUAACAAGAAAACCCAUUUCUAGUCGUUGAAAUUGCAACUGUUGAUUACUUUUAAUCCUUGACUUUUCAAAAUUUUCAUUUUAGUUUCUAUACAAAGUUAGAGACUAAAGUAACUCAUGUAUAUACGAUCUCAAGGACUUUAAUGAGGAUUUAUAUUAUUUAACUAAACACCUAUUUCAUGAGAAAUAGCAGCAAGGUUGAUUAUGCUUUUAAAUUUAGGACAGAACUUGAGUGCUGUCUUACUGUUCAUCAAUUAAAAUAAUGAUUUUAUCCCACUAAUAUACGAUAAAAUAAGAAUUUUAAAAGUGGUACUUAAAUUUUAAUUGGUAAACAAUAUUUAAAUUUUGUAUUUAAAUUUAACAUCAAUUUGUUUGAUUUGACAUUGGAAUUUAGUUCCCUGCAUCCCGAAUUUAAAUACUUACGGUUACCUGACUUCUUUGAUUAUUUGGUUAGCUAGCACUGCCAGAGUUAUGUGAUUAUUUUUGCUUGAAGAGUUCGUCCGGUGAAGAGGAGAUAUAGUUGCACGCUUGGUUUAUUGUUAGAAGUGUAUUCAGCAACUGGUUUUGGUUCUUUAAGCUGAAUGACACGACCUAACAAAAAUGAUGGUUAACUUGGUUUUUAUUUAGUUGUUUACAUUGGAUACUGUUGACUAGGAAGGUGCUCUGCGUUAAGAAAAAGCUCGAUGUGGCUGACUUAUGGCAAAAGUCUGUGCCUUUGUGGACCUAUUAACAGUUCUUUUGUCUCGUUUCAUUUUUUCUGUCGUUAUAUUUCCAAGUAAGCGAUUACUUACUCCCAUGUUUUUCAAUAAUUAUGGAAAAAGAAAUGAGUGGAUGAGAUGAAUGUUAGCAGAAAAAAAAGAGAUGACAUGUAAUAUUGCAAUUAGGUAGUGACAGCUUCCGCUAAUCACUCUUCAUUUGAUGCAGCUACCUUUAUUUCUG